AUUAAGUUGAUUUAUUGUGUCGAUAAAUAUAUAAAACCUUCUUCUCUUUAUCAUUGAUGAUCACCAAUACUCUCUCAUCACAACCAUUAGACUAUAACAAAACAUCUUCCUUUUCUUUUCGAGAUUUGAAUGUCCAGCUUCAACUUGGGAAAGAAGCUUCUGCCCGCUAAGAAGGCGUGGAAGAACUUCAAGUUCACAUUCCGAUCCAAACUCCAAAACUUGAGGAUCAACAAAAAAUCCAUCAAAACAACCAAAAACAACUACAUCAAAGCUCUCAACAAGAUUCGAGUUCUCAUCCCAACUACAAUCCAUUCCCUUAUAACUAAGCGGCGCCAUUCAUCGCCUCCUCGUUCUCGCCACCAUUUUCAUUACAACCGUCACCAAUACAUGUCAACGACGACAAGUUCAUCAUCAUCAUCAUCAUCAGCUAUACAUGUUGAUGAACUAUUUCCAGGGCUCACCGGCCGGAUUCACAAUACGGUAAUCACAUCGAGUUCGAGUAGUUCAUCAUCAACAAUAUUAGGCGGCGAAAAGGCGAAAAUUGAAAAAGUUUGUGAACAACAUCAUCAUAUUAUUAUUAGUGUCAACCGGCCAGCUGCGGAGGUGAAGAUUCUUGAGAGGAAGAAUAGUAGUAUUAAAAAUGAUCAUCGAGUUCAGGGAAAUGCUAAUUAUUCCAAAAUCUCAUUUGUGAAUUCGUUGUCCCGAUUUCGCGGGGUGGAUGAAAGAGCCGAGGAAUUCAUAUCAAAGUUCCGCAUGGAAAUGAAGCUUGAAAGGGAGCAAUCGAUUCUUGAUUUUCAAGAGAUGUUGGCUCGGAGUGUUUAAUGUAUGAUUUCCUGGGAAAUCAUUGUCGGGUUUGUUUUUAUUAUUACAGUAUAUAUAUAUAUAUAUAUAUAUAUAUAUAUAUAAUUUUUUAUUUUUUUCAUUGGGCUUUCCAAUUUUUGAAGGAAUCCUAAAAUUCUCAGUUCUUCUUUUUAGGUGUGUAGGGUUAAUGUUUGUUGAAACUACUCAUACUAGGUGAAGUAAAAAUGCGCCCAAUUCUUUUUCUCCAUGUGUUUUUUUUUGGUAAAAGAAUUGAUCAAAAGUCUUCUUUUUUCUUUUUCCUUCCUUCAAAUAUUUAUUUGUAUUGGAUUGGACCAUAUACUUGGUAUAAGAACAAGUGCAACUCUUGUACAUGUUAAUGUAACAUUUUACUCGCGAC